AUGCAUAAAAUGCUGGUAAAAUCUGGAGAAACACCUAAGAAAAAUUAUGGCGUGGUGAAGUGUUUCAACUGCGGAAAGAAUGGUCAUAUUGAACGUAAUUGCAAUAUUCUAGUUGGACGCAAACGCAAAGGUGAAGAAGCUAAACUAAAGCGAGCCAGUCGAAAGGGGCGCAUGCUGUCUGCCCCAAGUGAAUGCCCUGUAAUCUCUGUCUCUCAAAUAAUCAGAAAUACCAACAACGUUACCGUUAGUGGAUGUGUGGACGGUAGAAAGCGCAUACUGACUGUGGAUACGGGCUCAACACAUUCCAUAACUCGAUCGGAUCUAGUUAACAAGGAAGUUAAACCACUAGCUGGUGCAAAGUUACGUACUGCAACUGGAGAUGAUGCUCAAGUUCUCAGGGAAGUAACGUGCGAAAUUGGAAUAGGAAAGAUAGCCGUGUUACAUAACUUUAUAGUGGCAGAUAUCGUCGGCGAAGUCAUAAUUGGAGUAGACUUUCUAGCCAGUAAAGGAAUCAAAUUAGACAUGGAAAACAAAAUUAUGACUUAUACUCGUACCAAUAUGGAAGUGCCUCUUAUGAUUGGUUAUGAUAACAAAUGCGUCGUUAGACAAGUGUUAAUAACAGAAAAUCAGAAGAUUCCACCAAAAUCAGAAGCAGUUAUUUGGGCAGAAAUAGAUGGAGAUCAUGGGACAAACACGUUGUGGGUUGUUGAAGGCGCAAAAGAAUCUACACCAAACUUACUUAUAGGAAAAACCCUGGCUAUGACACGACAAGACAAAAGAGUUCCAAUAAGAGUCCUUAAUGAGUGUAGGUCACCAUUCACAGUCCCCAAAGGAGCUACAUUAGGACAGUGUCAGGAGAUUGAGCCCAUAAUAAAUUGCGAAACACAUCUUGAAGGAAAUUCUGUGGGUAAAGACGAUAUUUCGAACAAUAUUAACGCUUGGACCGAAGAACUAAAGAUAGACCAUAAAAAGAAGGCCAAACAACUUCUUCUCAGAUACUCCAACUUAUUUGAUAAAGAUGAAUCCAAACCAGGUAGAACCAAAGUUGUGAAGCAUUUCAUCAACACCGGAGAUGCAAGACCAAUCCGCCAGGCUCCUCGCAGCGUUCUAUUAGCCAAACGUGAAGUUGUAAGCCAGACCAUACGUGAAAUGAGCGAUAGCGGCAUAAUUGAACCAUCAUCGAGCCCAUGGAGUUCACCUGUAGUACUUGUGAAGACUACAGAAAGUUGA